AUGGGACCCUCGGAGCGCUCCGAUAUGUGUAAGGGUCCCAUAGCGUUACCGUCUGGAACAACGAUUGUGGACGAGUUUCCACGCGCACAGCCAUAUGUUAUGAAAAGUGUAAGCAGCAACGGGGAACGAGAGGAGAAGGAGGAGGAGGAGGAGGAAGCAGUUCGGCCGACUGCUGGCUUACCAGCUAUCUCAGAUUCACAUGUGUUUCAGCACAGGGGGGAAGCUUUUGUCAACGGGCUCUGCCAACUGCCGAGUACAUCAUUGGAAAUAGAAGAGAACAGCACAGGAAAAUCGCUGAAGAGUAGCUCAGAUAAAGGCGGCUAA